CAUCGGUCAUCUCUCUCAAUAUUGUGUGAAGCAGUAGUACAAGUUCUGGUGCUGCUUCAACCUAUCUGUGGUUCCCCUGACUAAGCAAGACCUGCCACACUUGCCCCGCCCGCCGCCCGCCCCUGCUGCCUACUACAUAACGACUGGGCCUCCACUCACCGCCGUAACACCUCCCUCAUACACCCUACCACCACCACCCGACUGCCCUCAUACAACUAUACAACCUUAUUACUGACAACCAACCGCCUACGCACACACUUCGCGAUGCGAUCCAAGUUCAAGGACGAGCACCCCUUCGAGAAGCGCAAGGCGGAGGCUGAGCGCAUUCGCCAGAAGUACAACGACCGCAUUCCUGUCAUCUGCGAAAAGGUGGAGAAGUCUGACAUCGCCACCAUUGACAAGAAGAAGUAUCUGGUCCCCGCCGACCUCACCGUCGGCCAGUUCGUCUACGUGAUCCGGAAGCGGAUCAAGCUCUCGCCGGAGAAAGCCAUCUUCAUCUUCGUCGAUGAGGUGCUGCCGCCUACUGCCGCGCUCAUGAGUUCGAUAUACGAGGAACACAAGGAUGAGGAUGGCUUCCUCUAUAUAACGUACUCUGGAGAGAACACGUUCGGCGAGGCCAUCUGAACUCCAUGUUUGUUUUCUUACUGUUCCAUCCGUCUGUUUUCCGAUUUCGAACUUGAGGGAUGCGAUGAAUCGACCUGGCGUUUUGGGGUUCACGAAGGAAGGGCAUCACAUACGGUUCUAUGACUUGGCUCGCGUCUACGUGCAGAUCGAUGGUGCGAGAGUACAACAGAAACAAUAUACGAGCUCGAUUUAGUGGAGAGCGUUACCUCCAUCCCUUCCAUGC